AUGGAACUUACAAUGGAGAAUUUAGGGAACAUUCACGGUAUAUCCCAUUCACAAGCUGGCGAUUUAAUGAGCUCCACACACAGUAGACAAGCUUCCCACAGGAAUCUGGUUUCUCAUGGUCGACCCGCUAUGGUGACAAGCAUGGCUUCCAUUCUGGAUGGAGGGGAAUACAGAGCCGAGCAUACCCUUGCAGGUAUGCAUCCUGCUAUGAACAUGUCCUGUGAAUCUCCAUCCGGCAUGAGCCUAAGCAGCACCUACACUACACUGACCCCCCUUCAGCACUUGCCACCCAUCUCUACAGUGUCUGACAAGUUCCACCACCCGCACCACCACCACCACCAUCACCACCAUCAUCAAAGACUAACUGGGAACGUAAGUGGAAGUUUCACCUUGAUGAGGGAUGAAAGGGGGUUGGCAUCUAUGGGUAACAUAUAUAGUCACUAUCCAAAGGAUAUGGCAACCAUGGGACAACAACUUUCCCCCCUUUCGAAUGGCCUGGGUACUUUGCACAACUCACAACAGUCACUAGGCCCAUAUGGUCCUGGUGGACAUUUAACUAAUGACAAAAUGUUAUCACCAAACGGGUUCGACUCGCACGCUGCCAUGUUAUCUAGGAGUGAGGACCACCUAACGAGGAGCUUAGGCACUUCUGCGGCCGGUAUGAUGGGCCCUUUAAAUGGAAUGCAUCCCCAUGGACACCACCAUGCGUCGUCUAAUGGCUCAAUCCUUGGUGAAAGGGACAGACAAGCAUCAAGUUCUGGGUCUCAGGCCGGUGGGAAUGGUCAAGUGGAGGAGAUUAAUACCAAAGAGGUUGCUCAAAGGAUCACAGCAGAACUGAAGAGAUACAGCAUACCACAAGCUAUCUUUGCUCAAAGAAUCCUGUGCAGGUCUCAGGGUACUCUGUCUGAUCUUCUGAGGAAUCCAAAACCUUGGAGUAAACUUAAGUCCGGCCGAGAGACAUUCAGGAGGAUGUGGAAAUGGCUACAGGAACCUGAGUUCCAAAGAAUGUCUGCACUGAGAUUGGCAGCUUGUAAACGUAAAGAACAAGAACAACAGAAGGACCGCAACCUGCAGCCAAAAAAACAGCGUCUGGUUUUUACAGACCUCCAACGGCGUACCCUGAUUGCUAUCUUCAAAGAAAACAAGCGUCCUUCAAAAGAGAUGCAAAUAACCAUUUCCCAGCAGCUGGGCCUGGAGCUCAACACCGUCAGUAACUUCUUCAUGAAUGCACGCCGGCGGUGCAUGAAUCGAUGGCAAGAAGAGCCAGGGGUCAAUGCUGCAAUGCCUUCAGUUUCCUCUAGCACUUUCUCCAAAGCAUGA